AUGAGUGACAAAAGAAGAGUUGGUAUUCAUUUGAGUUUCGAUGCACCUGAUGAAAGAGACGGUGUUGCAAGUGGCAAUGAUGAUGGAGAGGAUAAUAUGGGAGAAGAGUCGGCGAAUCUGACAGGGAGGAAGAAAAAGUUAUUUGAAUUGAGGUUAAAAAUGAACGAGGCAAGAAAAGCGAAUCAAUCUGCAAUGGUAGCAGAGAAGAAAAAAACAGAAGUUCCACCUGCAGAGUCUAGCAGGGGAAUGUUUAAGCAAAAAUGGAUUGAACAGAGGAACAAGAAAAUUGGGAAUUCAUUGGAUGCUGAUGGGUUAGAUAUGAGCAAAACAUACAUGCUAGAUUCACAAGAGUCAGCAGAGGCAAAGUAUAAUAGAAUGAAGGAAGCUGAUCGAGAUGCUUCUAAUAUCCAGUAUGGAAAGGCACCAAAAUUAUCAGACGAUAAGAUAGAGAGGAUGGUGAAGGAGCUCAAGGACAGGGACGAGAAGCACCAAUCAUUUAGUCGGAGGAGAAAGUUCCAUGAAGAGAAAGACAUUGACUCUAUUAAUGAUCGUAACGAGCACUUCAACAAAAAGAUUGAGCGUGCCUUUGGAAAAUACACCUUGGAGAUCAAGAAUAACCUUGAGAGAGGAACUGCUUUACCUGAUUGA